CGGCACAGUUCGGGCGCUGAUCUUUGAAAAAGUAUUGGUGACGUGCCAAGUAAAGGGAGAUAUUACGCUAGAAAAAAGAGGUGGAGUGUUUAUGUUUGCAGAAAUGAAUAAAAUAAUUUCUAAGCAAUGUAUAUAAUGUAUGGUUACAUUAUAUAUAUAAAAUAUUGUUCAUUUUAUUAAGUUGAUAUAAUUUCAGAGUGGCAUACAAUGUGGCAAUUUUGUGACAUUGAAUCAAAUAAACAUGGACUGAGACUCGCACAUUUGGCUCUUCCACUUUUGCAGUCAUUCCUGUACUUAUGAUACAUACAACUAUCACAGGAUGUGUUCUUUGAUUCAUAAAGUUAGAAAUAUUUUUGUGAGAGGAUCUUUGAGAAUUCAUGCAGCAAAUUAUAAUCAUGCAUCUUCAAGAACACUGGCAAGGAUGCUGUCUGAUCCUGAAAACAAAGGAGAACGACAAGAGCAUAUAAACUUUGAUAUAUUAGGUACCUGGGAUAAUAGGAUUGAUCUUCCAAUAUUGAUGCAGCAAAGUAUCAAACUUGGAAAGCCAAUACCCCAAAUAUCAAUUAAAAAUGUGGGAGUUGCUUCUGUGACAGGAAGAAGACUAACAAAUGAAGAUAGACUGUGUAUCAAAGAACUUCAACCAAACUUGUUAUAUUUUGCUGUUUUUGAUGGUCAUGGUGGAACAACAUGUGCUGAUUUUUGUAGUCAGCACAUGGAGCAACAUAUUCUUCAUUGGCUGAGCAGGAAUAGUAUGGACUUAGAAUCUGUUCUGCAAAAAGCAUUCAUUGAAGUCAACAAUGCAUUUGCUCGUAAUGUUAUUUUCAUGUGUUCAAAAGAAGAAGCUGCAGUUUCAGGAACAACAGCAACAAUAUGUCUUCUAAGGAACAGCAUAGAGCUUGUCGUAGGUCAUGUAGGAGAUAGUAGAGCAUUACUUUGUAGAAAUGGUGAUGUUCAAAAAUUGACAGUUGAUCACCAUGGAACUUUAAAGUCAGAAAAGGAGAGAAUUGUAAAAUCUGGAGGGUUUAUUAAAACAGACAGUGUUGGGAGACACUUGGUAAAUGGACGACUUGCCAUGACACGUAGUUUGGGAGAUAUGGAUCUUAAACCAUAUGGAGUAACAGCACUCCCUGAUACUAGGUCAAUUCAAAUAAAGCAUGGAAAGGAUGCAUUUGUCAUACUAACGACUGAUGGCAUCAACUUUGUUAUGAAUGAUGAUGAAAUAAUUAAUGCAGUAAACAGUUGCCACUAUCCACAAGAAGCAGCUAGCUUCAUCGCUGACCAAGCCAUGCAGUUUGCUUCGGAGGACAAUGCUACUGCACUGGUGCUUCCAUUUGGGGCAUGGGGAAAGUAUAAAAAUGGAGGAAAUAUUACCAUGUAUAAUUUUGGAAGAAAUUUGUCUCGUAGUAGUAGAUUUUAAUAGUGCUAAUUAAAAAACAAAAAACUGUAUUCGAAAGAUGUACUAAACUGAUAUUUUGGAAAUAUGUUCAGCCACAUGUUUUGUCAUUGUAAUUUAUGUUUAUAGUUACCUUAGAAUGAUGAAACUUGUGUGAAAUUUUCUUUGGAUAUAUAUACCACAAACACACACACACACACACAUGCAAAGUUUACUAUCAAAAAUUUUGGUACAGGUACUUGUACUUGUAAAAAUAUUUCAGUUUAAAAUAGUUUGUAUAAUUGUAUAUUUGUUUUGGAAUGUGAAAGUGGAGUGACUGUAGAGACAUUAUAUUGGUUUUAUUAUUAAGUUGUUAUAAGAAUCAGAUACUUAAUUGUAUGUUACCUUGUAUUGUUUAUAUAUUAGAAUCAUUUGUGUUUUGAAAAACAUUUAUACAGGGGUUGGACAAAAAUUACUAACGUGAUUAUCUUGCAUUGGUAAGGUGUGAGACUUCUUUGACACUAAGUACAGCAGAAAACACAACUAGGAACAGAAUUAAUGAAGUAUAUAAAAGUAUACUGUAGAAUCUGGGCCCACUCUGUCAUGAAAAACUCUUACAGUGGUUGAGGUAUGUUGAAGGUCAGUAAAAGAUUUGAAUAAGAUUCUCCAAGAUAGCUCUAGGAUGCUUAAAUAACAUUAGGCAGGCAGUUUACCUUUUAUUAUUACAACAGACAUAUGAUUUAACCAACAGAAAACAUCCCAUAAACCUGAUCUCUCAUCAAAGAUAUGAAAGAAUAAGUGAUGGAUUUUAUGCUACAUGUGAAGUUACACUGUUCAUAUUAAAGCUUACAGGGACUAAAAAGUUAUUAAUUUUGGGUAACUAUGCCAGUAUGUCAUAUUAGUACAUUCAGUAGUCUUCCUUUUUUCAGCAUGUUACCAGUGCUAUAUUCAGUAACUUUUCUUAUGGCAUGGCUGUCUGUUUCUGCUACUAAUCUUUAUAAACCCUAGUAGCAGUGAAACAAGGGAUAUACAUACAAGUGGGGAUCAGUAAAGCAUUAUCUACAGUGUAGUGUGAAGUCAUGCUCUAUCUGAGGAUCAUGCAUCCUGACAAUAAUCCUACAACAUAGUUUCUGUUGUAAGGCUGUCAUAUCUAAAGCCCAUUUAUCAUCCUUGCAUGCUUUCUAUAAUCAGUCUAGUAUAUGUGAACGACUGUUUUCCAGUGCAAUGUUACAGAAGUUCACAGGUGCUGCAACUUGAUUGGUGUGUUUAGAAUAGUUUCAAUACUCAUUUUAUUUUCCAGCUGCUAGAGGUAUGCAACAGUUGAACAGAUAACUUGUGGAAACAACUUGUCUACAUGUGCCUUGUGCCAUUUUUCAAGAUGGGAAUCCUUCUUGAUUAUGUUGUAUACUGUUAUCUGGGACAUGUAGAUGACUUUAGCCACUGAUCUGUGUGUAUAUAUAUACUUGUCUGCUACAAGACACUGCAGUUUGGUUACCAUGGCUAAAGUACAACUUGUCAUGGGUCUCUUUCUGGAUAGUAGUGGUGACUCAAGCUAUCCAUAUUCCUUUGUUUUCCAUUGACAUUAAGUACAAAUGAUAACCUCAUUUUGGAAUUUCUAAAUCUCAGAUCUAAAGACAUCUUUAUGAUCUGAGUGUAUGAAUAUUUUGCACUGGAAAGGGCUUUAAAUGAUUUUUUGUUGUCAUCAUACUACCUUGAAAUUCCAAACAAUUUCUAAAUGUAGCUUUGAUAAAUGUCAUUCUACCACAACUUUAUAUUGGCUGUGGUUGUCACAUGACUUGCUACUGGCACCUAACUUGCUGAUUUGCAUAUUCAGAAUUGUUUUAAUAUAAUAUGUACUUAACCCUUUUUAUAGUUGUGUGUGUGUGUGUGUGUGUGUAAAGAAACGUAUGUGUAAAAUUAGAGAACAACAAACAAAUAUAUAAUUAUUAAUUGGGAACUAGAAAAUGCUCAUUCAAGCAGUCUAGCACUCUGUCAGUUUUACAUGUUACUAAAUACUUUAAAAAUGUGAAACAUCUCUUGAAGUUUUGUGUGAUGGUUAUUGAUUAGUUAAUUAACAAUCAUUUAUAACCAAAAUUAAUAAUUUUCGAAAUGUACCUUGUUUUAUGUAUUCACACAUGAACAAAAUAGUUAUAAGAAAAAUAAGAUUCUUCUAAUUCUCCAGAAGUUGUUUAAAGGACAAAUAAACAUUUGUGUACAAGGCUUCUUAUAGUGUUUUUACCAUAUCAGAUCACAUGGCUGGUUUCCUGACAUUUUGUUUUGUAUUAAAAAAAGAACACACACACACACACAGAUGCAGUUGACUUUAAUAACAGAUCUGCUUUGCCACAGCUGAACUGCAGAACAUACCCAUUACCUCUUAAUUGUUUUAAGCAGUGUAUUUCAAAUAGUAUUUUUUAUUCUAAAAUGAAAUGGAUUUGUUUAUUUUUCUAUCUUUAAAUUCCUGAAAUAAACCAGUAUUUGUAUUUUAAUAAUUACCAUAUGUUUUAAAAUCUCAGUUUGUAGUAAACCUUAUGAAGAAUUUGGCAAUCAUAUUUUUCUGACUAUACCCAAAAUGGUUAAUGAUCAGAAAUACAAAUGAUGGCAUCCAUCUGUUGAACAGUAUAUGCUAUGCCAAAGUUUUCAAAACAUAUUCUUUUUAGUGUAGACCUCAGUUCAGUUUUUUCUUUGGUGUAUUCAUACCUGAAGAAAAAACAGAAAAAAGCAGACUGGCUGAAAGCUUUUGUAUAUUCUGUACUUGCAUCACUGCUGUAUUACUAAAUUUAGAACAAACUAAAAACUUUUGAUGUUUAGAUCAAUUAUAAAGCUAUACAGAAUGUAUACUGACAGACAAGAUUUUGUUUAAUUUAUGGUAAAUAUCAACUUUUUGUGAGCUCUAUUUUUAUGAUUACCUGAAGUAAGAUAAGUUGUUAUACUUUUAACAAAAACAUACAAGACCACACUAAUACUAUUACAAAUAAUUUCUUGUUCAGCAACAUCUUUAAGAUUGUCUGUAUCUUCAGAGGCUUGGAUAAGUUUUUCAUUAUUUGUUGUAAUGCCUCUUUCUGCAACUUUUUUGAUGAAUUUGAUUCAUGGCACUGAAGUUUGACCAGCUGUUGAAACAAGUGAUGCUUAAAAGUAGCCAAAGUGAAUUAUGUGAUAUAACACUUCCAAGAAACGUGAAAAACCAUUGAUUGUUUAUCAGUGGAGUUGUAUGCUACAGGUGAUCUGUAAUUAUAAGAUAUAUAUUACAUCAAAAAUAUAUAGUGUGUGUGUUCAAUAUAUUAUGGAUAAUGAAAAAAGUAUUCAAAAUUGGUAAAAUGGCUUAGACACAAUCGAUGAAGGGUUAGAAUAUAAAGAUAUUCUAAAUUAUGUAUGUACUCUGUAUGUUCUAACCCUUCAAUGAUUCUGUCUAAGCCUUUUUUCUAUGUAACAUGGUUUAAACUGCCUGACAAAGGGCUUCUGCCUGAAACAUUGCAAAUAAUAUUAAUAAAAGUUUUGUUAUAGACAUGUGUUUUACCAAUUUCGAACACUUUUUUUCAUUAUUUUUCCACAUCUUAUGUUAUUUUCUACUGUAUAUAUAUUAUGAAUAAUUUUAAUGGUCUAUUAAGAAUAUCUAAAAUUAGUACUUAAUGUUUAGAAUGACACGAUUACAUACAGUAAAAGCAUUUACUAGGAACUUUGUCAGCAUGCAAAUAAACUUCAAAAUAUUAUUGAUCUGCAGUAACUAUGGGUAAAGUAAAAAUAAGUUGGAAAAAAGUGAUUUCAAAUGAUUUGUGUUAAAGAAGACAUGAAAGAUUAUCAGUCCUAAACCAUUUCCUUAGGAAAAAGACAGAUUAAUUGCUAACCAAGGUUUUAUAUUUGGAAACUAUCCUUUGUUGUUCAAGUAAUGCAUUUAAAAUUAAUUAUAUACAGUUUAUUUGGUUGUGAUGAAACCCUGGAUGUAUAUCUAACUUGAUACAAUAAAAGCUUGAAUUGUGCUUUA